UGGCAGGGGAGGAGGAGAGGGAGAGAGAGAGAGAGAGAGAGAGAGAGAAACGAGAGCGGUUCAAGACCUCAAUGGAUAAACGUGCUGUACUGAUGUUCUCGUAGUCUACACUCUGAGUUUCCUUGGCAAGUUUUUGCACCUCUGCAGGAUUUUCCUGAGCUCGAAUGUGCUGCUUCUUCUGCUGUUAAUUUCCUAGACACACCUUCUCCAACUCAACAGGUAAUAGGGCCUUCAAUAACAAAGUCCUAAGCCUUCCACGUCCUCGUCCUCCAAGAACGACACGUUUCAUUCAGUUUUUCCGACCCCCGUGUUUGUUCCCCUGAUGGGCGCCAUACCAGACUGCAGGAUCGUCUUACUUUCAUCAGCGUCGAUAACCUCUUCCGAGCCCUAACCCGCCUCACCGAAAACACCGACAGCAACACCAGAUGGAGACGAAAGACAUGAUGAUGACAAGCGUGUUGACAAAGGACAAAUGGGAGGCCGGGGCCGAGCGAGGCAAAGGGAGCGAGGAGGCGAAAGACGAAGGGACGCAGGAGGAAAACUGUCGACUGAUGCUGGCCGACGGUCUGGCGGAGAGAGGACCGAAGAGCCCGGGUUCCGGUCAACAGGUGUCCAACGGCUUCACCACGUCUGGCCCUCAGGGCUCCAAGGAAGGAGCGGGGCUUCCGGAUGCUUCCCCCGCAGGUACGGCGUCCGCGCCUGCAGGGGCCUCCUCCGCGCCGGCGGGAGGCCUCAGGACUCUCGUGGUCCAACAAACCACCUUGGACCGUCCUAGAGAGACCUGGAGCAAGAAGAUGGACUUCUUACUCUCUGUGAUUGGCUACGCAGUGGACCUGGGCAACGUGUGGCGUUUCCCCUACGUCUGCUACCAAAAUGGAGGAGGUGCCUUUCUGCUGCCCUACCUGCUGAUGGCGGUGUUUGGAGGUGUGCCUCUCUUCUACAUGGAGCUGGCUCUCGGUCAGUUUCACCGCAAUGGCUGCAUCUCCAUCUGGAAACACAUCUGCCCCAUCUUCAAAGGUAUUGGCUUCGCCAUCUGCAUCAUAGCCCUCUACAUUGCCUUCUAUUACAACACCAUCAUGGCCUGGGCCUUGUACUACCUGUUGUCGUCAUUCCAGCCCACCCUGCCCUGGACCACUUGCACCAACAGCUGGAACACGGCCAACUGUAACAGCUACAUGUCCACCGACCACAAUGUCUCCUGGACCAACUCCUCCACCUCCCCCGCCGAGGAGUUCUAUACUCGACACGUGUUGCAGGUCCACCGCUCUUCGGGUCUGCACCAGUUAGGUUCCAUCAGCUGGCAGCUGGCCCUCUGCCUUCUCUUCAUCUUCACCAUUGUCUACUUCAGUAUCUGGAAGGGAGUCAAGACAUCUGGAAAGGUGGUCUGGGUGACCGCUACAUUCCCUUACCUGGUCCUCCUGGUGCUGCUCGUCCGUGGGGCCACUCUUCCAGGGGCUUGGAGGGGCGUGGUCUUUUAUCUGAAACCUGAUUGGGGGAAACUGCUCAGCACAACCGUGUGGAUCGACGCCGCGGCUCAGAUCUUCUUCUCGCUGGGUCCGGGCUUUGGCGUGCUCCUCGCCUUUGCCAGCUACAACCCCUUUCACAACAAUUGCUACAAAGACGCGUUGAUCACCAGCUCGGUCAACUGCCUCACCAGCUUCCUGUCUGGCUUUGUGAUUUUCACCGUGCUGGGCUACAUGGCUGAGAUGAGGCAGCAGGAUGUGGAUGCUGUCGCCAAAGAUGCCGGACCCAGUCUGCUUUUCAUCAUUUAUGCAGAAGCCAUUGCAAACAUGCCGGCUGCAACUUUCUUUGCCAUUAUCUUCUUCCUCAUGAUCAUUAUGUUGGGUCUGGAUAGCACGUUCGCCGGCUUGGAGGGUGUGAUCACCGCCAUGCUUGAUGAGUUCCCCAACAUCUUGGUCAAAAGAAGAGAGUGGUUUGUCUUCGGUCUGGUGUGCGUCUGCUACCUGGGGGCGCUCACCACGCUCACUUAUGGCGGAGCGUUCGUGGUGAAGCUGUUUGAAGAAUACGCCACAGGUCCUGCAGUCAUCACCGUGGUGCUGCUGGAAGUCAUCGCCGUUUCCUGGUUCUACGGAACCAACCGUUUUUGCAACGACAUCCAGGUCAUGCUUGGUUUCUACCCCGGGUGGUUCUGGAGGAUCUGCUGGGUCGCCAUCUGCCCCAUCUUUCUGCUGUUCAUCAUCAUCAGCUUCCUGGCCUUCCCUCCAGAGGUGAAGCUGUUCGACUACCAGUACCCACCCUGGACCACGGUCCUUGGCUACUGUAUCGGCGUGUCCUCUUUAAUCUGCGUGCCUGCUUACAUGGUCUACCACCUCGUCAAUUCCAAAGGCACACUCAAACAGCGUCUGUCAAAGAGCAUCACUCCCGAGCCCAGCAACGAUCAACACAGAGGCUUCAUCGUCACCAACGCAGUCUGACCCGGACCCGCACCAGUGCCAUCUUCCACCGACCACCGCUUUUGCCUCUCGUUCACACAUUUCUUGCACCCCGUGUGUCUUUGUAACCCCCCGAAAACCUCGGAAUAACCGGUCGUGACGUAGGCGAAGGCUUUUGAACGCAUCGCUUUCUUUACUGUAUAAUCACUGCCUUUUUCUUCAGGUCACACAUGAUUCUAUGCGUUAUGUCGGACUAUACGUUAUUAUGUUCCCGUUCACGGUGAGUCGAAGAAUACACCCAUAAGUUUAUGCAUUGUGCAUGUAGCGAAAUUCAGGUAUUAUCUCUUAUAUUUGUUAUUGAAGCCAAAUAUAUGAUCUUUGUUCUGCUCAUAUUACAAGCACUAAUGGUGUUCCGUUCAUGUUUGGACUGUAAAGACAGAUCUAUCGACACUGUGAAGCAGUGUGUGUGUGUGUGUGUGUG